AUGCCUCCUAAAAAGCAAAAAGAAGAAGAAAUAGAUAUCAGCACUCUGCCUCCAUGGUUUCCAGUUAACUGUGUGAUAAAAUGUUAAGGAAAGAAGUAGAGAAUGCAGAAUUUUUUAAACCUUAUUAAAUAGCACCCAAAAAGCUUCCAAAAGAAUAUAACUCGCGAAGAAAUUAUUGAAUAUGCAAAAGAAAAAGGAUUAUACACAGAUCCCAACUCAUUAAAUGAGAAAUAGAAAAAGGAUCCUAAAUUAUUGGAAACAUUAAAUUUGGAAUUAACACCAUUAGUGAUUUCUAAAGCAUUUAUAGCACUUCGUUAAGAAUUAGAUUUAAAAGGAAGAAAAGCUAAGAAAGAUAAAUUGGAAGGUAAGGAAGAAGUUGAUGAUAAAAAAGUUGAUCCUAAAAAGAAAAAAGAAGAUCCUAAAAACGUCAAAAAGGGAGGAAAGGUUGUCGAGUAACCUAAAGAAGAAGAAGAAAAAAAAGAAGAAGUAGAACCAGAAAAGGAAUAUAAAAAGGCCUUGGAUAUUAUUUAUUUCUUAUUUGAUUUCCCUCAAACUCAAGAAGAUGCUGCUGCUCUUGCUAAGAAUGAUGGAUAAAUUGAUUUAUUGUUCGAUAUUCGCGAAAAAGUUUUAUGGAAUAACUAGGAACCUGAUAUGAGUUUACUUGAUCCUAAAGAAAAUUUUGACGAAGAUAUUAGACAAAGAAUGGACGAAUUCAUUGAUGGUGAUGAGGAAUAGCAAAAUGAAGAUGAGGAAAAUGAAGAAGGAAAACCUAAAAAGUAAAAGAAGGAGGUUUUAACUGAAGAAGAUUUAGCUUAUAUUGAAGAGAGUAAAAAUUUUGUUAAGGAAUUCAAAUAAACUCGUGCUAAUAGCAAUAGAAAUUCAAGCAUCAGAAAGUCAGUAGUUAAAGAAGUUGUUUUCGAAAUAGAUCCUUAUGCUGAAGAAGAAUCCUUCAAAAAUUUUAUUGAUUAUUUGAUUGAGGAAAUAUGUUAAUAUUCAUUCGAUUUCCAAGCUUAUCAAGAAUGGAUUUAAGGGAAAAAGUAGGUUCCUUUAUGCCCUAAGGAGGCUCUUAAGUUGCAUGAAGAGGAGGAGGAAGAAAGAUAAAGACAACUUGCAAAAUAAUAAGCAGAAUAAGCUGCCUUAGAAGAGCAGGAGGCUUUGAAGAAAAAAGGAGGAAAAGCUGCUCCUUAGAAAUAAGAUCCAAAGAAAGAUGCCAAAAAGGAUGCAAAGAAGGAAGAAGUUAAGGUAGAAGAGGUAAAACCAGUUGAGGAACCUCCUAAAAAGGAAGAACCUCCUAAACCAGUCUAAGAACCUUUCUACUAGUACUACAAGCAACUUAACGAAGUUAAUUUACAAAAGACAACUGCUGGCAUCCUUCUUGAAUGUCUUAUUGAUUAAAUUGAAAGUGAAAAACUGCAAGCUUAAGAAUAAGUUCACCCAAAGGAUAAAGAAGAAUCUGAGCAAAUAAACCAAAUUCUUAAUAACUUAACCAAUUUUGUCGACUACAGCUCAAAUAAUAGCUUGUAAUGCUAUAAAAAAUAAUUGCUUUUGAAUCAAAUUGAUAAAAAUACUCCUUACAAAGCAAUCAUUGAUGAAUGUGAUGAAAUUGAAAAGAGUUCUCAUAAUGCUUAUUUGGCAAAUAUGGACUAAAUUUCAAGAAGAGAACGUGACCUCUUUUCAUUGCUGCUCUUCCCUGGUAUUGAUAGAAAUAUGAUGCCAGAAAUCCCUGAUAAAUCAGAACCCUUAAGAAAAGCAGAAAAAUCAUAAUUAUAUCCUUUUAUCGGCUGCAAUGUUUAUGAAUUUGAAAGAAGAUUGACCAUAACUCGCUUUGAGGAAAUGAUGAAAGAAGUAGAGCCCGAGAGAGAAUGGAACUUUGGAAAUAGGAUUUAUAUGGAGAGACAUAAUAAAAACACUUUGAGUCAAUAACUAUACAAAGCCUUGAUCUAUGAACCAUCAAUUAUUACAAAAUACAACGACAAAGAUGAUAAUCUUUAUGUAGCCAUGUACUUUAAGAAUCCUCCUGGCCGUAUCUUAAGAAAAAAGUGGAAUGCAGAUUGGAAAGUGCUGCCUAAUCUUGAAAAUUGGAUCAAUUACUUUAAGAAUAGCGAAAACAAUAUUAAAAAUGAAGUAUAUUAUGAUAUUGAUUAUGAAUUAAUUGGAAAUCUACACGAAAGAACUAAAUACAUGUAUCCAAAUGACAAUUCAGUCAUCUUUGGAACUAAGUUCCAAGUUGGAGAUCAAUUCCAUUACAGAUAUAAAGUUGUUAAAGAGGGAGUCAUUUUUGGUAUUAAAGAGUCAAACAACCUUUCUAACUUUUGGGCACUAUUUGAAAACAACUCCCUUUUCUUUGUUGAAUUGGAAGGAAAAUAAAAAAGAUAGAGAUCACUUCAAGGCACUUAAGCUUAAAUUGAUGAAGGAAAUCAAGAUAUGAUAGAGAAAGAAGUGCCUAACGAAGAAUAACUUGCCGAAGAUUUAAAAGCUUCUAUUACAAUCACUCUUGUAAAUGGGUUGGUUAAUAAAUUUUUGCCAAACGGAGAUGUGUUUUAAACUAAGUUAGAACAUGAUAAAAAGACUUUGACUAGAGAUUUCGAAGACAUUGUUAAUCCACAUGAUACACCUAAACCCAAUUCUGAAACAGAAAUUAAACGUAUAAUUACAGGCAAAGGAAGUGUAAUCAAAUAUAUGAAAGACGGCUCCAUAAGUGUGCUAUACGCAAAUGGUAACGUGAGCUUCUGUCAACAAAGAAACGGCAUUUGGAUAACAACAAAUAACAAGGGUUUAAGAAAAUUAAGAAAUACAAAGGAUGGAACUGAAACUGAACAAGAUCACGUCCCAUGUGCCAAGAGAAUAGACCCAGAAUCUGGAAGCAAAAUUAUAAUUAGAGGAGAUUAAACCACAAUUAUUACUUAUAGAGAUGGUUCUGUUUACACAAAGCAUAAAGAUGGAACCUAAAUGCUAACCAGUGCAAAAAAAGAUUAUAUUAUUAUUGAGCACCCAGAAUUUUCGACUGUCAAAGUACUAUUGGAUGAAGUUAAAGCAAGGACAGACACUGUUAUUGGCCUUGGAAGUGCAUAUGCGAAUGUCGGAUUUGAUAAUUUGUUCGAACGUUCUAACAAUGGAAUUAUAAUUGAAACUUAUCUACCUGAUGGAACGAAGGUAGUUGGUUACAAAGAAAAGCAAGAGCUUCCAGGAUACAACUAAUUCUAAACCAACCACAUUCAUUUAAUCUACUUUGAUGAUGGAUCGGUCGGUAAAGUACUUGAUAAUGGUGAGGUUGUUUUUAUUUCAGCAGUUGAUAGAGUAGCUCUUAAUAAAAAUGGUUAAAAUAAACCUUUUGGAGAAGAUCUUGAUUUCUGGUUGCAACUUUUCUGUGUCCCUGAAGAGAGAAAAGCUGGUGUCUAUAAUAUUAGCUUGAAAGAAAGAAUUUUAUGGACAAGAGAUGACGAAGGCAAUUUCUUUGCACUUAAAAGUAAUGGUGAAAUAGACACUAAAAUUGCUGUCUCUCUUAACCUCAAUCAAAAUCAAGUCGAUGGACCUAAUAGCAAUCUUAAUCCUUUGGAUAGACCUUAAACCCCUGAUUUCUAAGAAGGAGAAUUUAUCGAAGAAGAAAAUAAAUUCCUUCCUUAACCAUCUUCAUGGGUACCUAUAAGAUUAUUCACCAUCAACAAUGACAACACAGGAUUUGAACUAUUUAAUGAAGAGCAAGUUUAAAAUUAUUUCAGACUUAAAGAAAAAGAUCCAACUUGCGUUAAUUUGUUCGAUGAUUAAGUGCCUAACUACUAAAAUUGCAAGUCGAUCAGCUUUAUAUCUUAACUCUUAAACCUAGAAGAUAAAAAAAUAAUUUAGAUUAAGCCUGAAAUUCCUAGAAACUUAGACAUUAUUCCAAAAACUGAAUAAAAAAAGACAGAGCCUGAAAAGAAGAGCUAUUUAUUCCGUAAUUUCUUAAAAUUCGAAGAAUUUAAUGGAGAAAAGCGUGAACAACAUAAGCAAGAUCUAGAAAAGUACGACUUGUGGAAAAAGGAUUAAGUAAAAUAAUCAAACGAAUAUGGAAUCAUUUAAAAAACAGAGGAAGAAAGAGAUGCUGAGUUCAACAUAUAGCUUAAAAUUUUAGAAAGUAGAAAGAGAGAAUUUAAGGAUGAAAAAUAUGACCAAGUCAAGAACAACAUUACCAAGAUCUUCCUUGAUCGCUCUGAUUUUGUCAUCGGUGCUCACAAGGUAUUGAGUGCCACUGAUUUAGCUAAUCUAGAAUCUCCUAAAAAAGAAAAUGCUCCUUUAACUUACAAGAGAGAAGAUAAUAGGUCUUAGACAUAAAUAGCGAGAGAGUUAAAAUCCGAAAAAUUGAAGAAUAAACCAAGAGAUUCUUAAUUGGAAUCCCUUAAAGUUUAAAAGAAAAAAGAUUUCUUUGUAUCUCACUAUUUCGAAACAUAGGAAGGUAACACAGCACUAAAUGCAAUGCCCAAAGAUAUAUUUAAUCCAGUUGUCGUCGCAGCAAACAUAAAGGACACAAAUAAGAAAGAAAUUGAUGAGCUGAAAAAGAGUGGCAUUGAAUUCGAAAAUUAAACAUUAAAAAACUCCACAAUGCGAAACUCAACCUAAAGACUCUCAUAAUAACUCACUCCUAAACAAGAUUUCGGCUAGAAUGAUUAACCAAUCGUAUAACUUGAACCAGAGUAAGAUUAAAGAAAUAGAUACACACAAGGCUAAUAACGUACAAUAGUCAUCAAGCCAAGCGUUUUCACUCAGCGCGAUAUUGAUGAAGAAAAGCAAUUAAUUGAAAAUGAAAGAGAAGCUCUUCGUCAUAGAAAAGUUAAAACAAAAGAAUAUAACGUUUAUGGAACUGAAAGAAGAGAUGACCAAACCAAAAAAGUUCCUUGUUUAUUAAAAACUAACCCGAUAUCAGAAUUGAAUUAGAAAUACAUUUAGACUGAUAGCUUGACUGACAAAAGAAUUAAGAUGGCUUCGAUGGCUAACAGAAUGCACAUAAAUGCUCCAAGCAUAAGCGAAUUACGUAAUACUGGUAGUCACCAAACAUUGGCUAAAACCUUAGAUAAGAAAUUCAAUAUAGACGAAUUAGAAAAUAGAAAAAAUCUCAUGCUCACUUCAGACUUAAAUGACUAACUUCGUAAGGACAUUUAAAUUCUUCCUGCUUCAGUAAGAUUUGGAGUAUUGUGUGCUAAUAGAAUAUACGAAACAAAGCUUGUGAUUAAAAAUGAAGAUGUGUUAGCUCAAAGAGUUACUUUGAAAUAGCCUCAAACACAACAUGUUAAAGUUUUCCUUAAUGAAUUAGGACCUAUUCCUAUGGGUUUAACCAGAGAGGUGAUUGUAAGAUUGAAUACCUCUUAAGAAAUUAUUGGCAAGUUCUAAGAAGAAUUCUAAAUUAUUUCUAAACACUAAAUAUAUAAAAUUCCUAUUUUUGCUAACAUCAUAGAAUAGAGAGAAUACGAUGAGCUCGAAAAGGAAACCAAAGAGCUUCAUAACAAACCAUUGCUAAAAACUUUCGUUAAAGAAAUUGAAUUCAAUAAGCGCAAAGAUUAGAAAUCCUUGAUAAAUGACAGCUAACAAUCUGACUUAUUCCCUAAAAUCAACAACUUCGAUAGAACAUAUAAGAUCGAUCCAAACAACAACAUAAACAAAGGAGGUAACUAGCAAUAGGAUUCCUUUGACUAAUCUUUCGCUGAUUGA